AUGGUCGCGUUCUCUGGAGAAUACUAUGGUUUCUUCGGCUCUUCAGACCCCAACCCGUCCUACAAAUUUUUGCAACUCCAGCUGGCUGUUAGACUACCACUGGACCAGCUGGCAGUUGGGUCAGCACUACGCCUGGACCCAACCAACACUGGACCAUCUGGCUAUGGUGCCAGCACUGGACCAUCUGGCUAUGGUGCCAGCACUGGACCAUCUGGCUAUGGUGCCAGCACUGGACCAUCUGGCUAUGGUGCCAGCACUGGACCAUCUGGCUAUGGUGCCAGCACUGGACCAACUGGCUAUGGAGUCAGCACUGGACCAUCUGGCUAUGGAGUCAGCACUGGACCAUCUGGCUAUGGUGCCAGCACUGGGCCAUCUGGCUAUGGUGCCAGCACUAGACCAUCUGGCUAUGGUGCCAGCACUGGGCCAUCUGGCUAUGGUGCCAGCACUAGACCAUCUGGCUAUGGUGCCAGCACUGGGCCAUCUGGCUAUGGUGCCAGCACUGGGCCAUCUGGCUAUGGUGCCAGCACUAGACCAUCUGGCUAUGGUGCCAGCACUGGGCCAUCUGGCUAUGGUGCCAGCACUAGACCAUCUGGCUAUGGUGCCAGCACUGGGCCAUCUGGCUAUGGGACGACGCCUGUAUGGGACCAGCACCAGCAGCGACUAACAAGAUCUACAUCACAUUGCAACAUUAAUCUGCAAUGGCAACCACUCCAGCGGCAUUACCUGAAUUUACCUGAGAGUCAACCUGUUGGCUCUGUUGUCAACAUUGACAACAAUACCAGCAGCAACAGAAACCGAUUGGUACAGGUUUUGCAAGAGGUGUAA